AGGAGGAGGAGGAGGAGGACCAUCCCACAUUCAUAUUGGUGAAUUGCCAUCGGGACAGGCCUGCUGCUACAUUGGAUGUCUCUUCAGAAUGAAGUGCUCAAACUGAACUGGCAUCGUAACCCACAUUUGAUGUUGAAAAUAGCACGGAGGAAGCCAUGGAAGUGAAGGAACGCCGACCCUACCGCUCGCUCACUGCCCGGCAGGACACGGAGCGCCGCUACACCAGCUCCUCAGCAGACAGUGAGGAUGGAAAACCCAACACCAAAUCCUACAGCUCCAGCGAAACACUCAAGGCCUUCGAUCACGACUCGAGGAUGGCCUACGGGAGCCGUGUUAAAGAAAUGGUUCAUCACGAAGUGGACGAGUUCAGCCGGCAAGGAACAGACUUCUCCCUUCGAGACCUCGGCUUUGGAGAGGCCCUCCCGUCGCAUGUAGCCACGUACAGGACUGACCUUGGGCUGCAACACCGCGACUACUCGGUCAGUGUGGGCUCGGACGCCGACACGGAGACAGACGGCAUCAUGUCGCCCGAGCACGCCGUCAGACUUUGGGGUCGUAGCAACACCAAGUCCGGCCGCAGCUCAUGCCUCUCCAGCCGGGCCAACUCCAACCUAACUCUCACCGACACUGAGCACGAGAACACAGAAAAUGGUCCUCCGCAUUGUUCAUCCGCCUCCUCCUCCCCUGUUGAGCAGCUCCCAUACCCUCCCCCUUCCAUUGCAGCCAAUGAGAGCAAGGCAGGGUUGCUAGGUAACUGUGCGGCUCAGCCAGCCCAGGACUCUGACUCUGAGGAUGAGUUUGGCCCCAAUUCAUUCUUAGUUAAAACUGGCUCAGGGAACCUGUAUGCUCCUGCCCCUGCAACAGCAACAGCUGAUGACGGAGCCUUUCAAAACCACUCUCGGUUGCGGACGCCUCCUCUACCGCUCUCCCACUCCCACUCGCCCAAUCAUCAGCACCAUGCGGCCUCCAUUAACUCCUUGAACAGGGGAAACUACACACCACGGAGCAACCCCAGUCCCGUGCCCACAGACAGCUCCAUUCCUCCUGAGGGUCCUGCCAGUGGUCCAGACUCUGGCAGUGUGCAGGACAACUGGCUACUCAACAGCAACAUCCCCCUGGAAACAAGGAGCCAGAAUACUCUAAUGUUUAUCAGAGAAGAGCAAGACGCUUGCAGAGAAGGGCAGGGCUCGUACAACACAAGAAACAUAGCAAAGCAGACAUUCCUAGAGACUUUACAGGACAACCUCAUUGAGAUGGACAUUCUGGCAUCAGCACGCCAUGAUGCCUCGUACACGGACGGGCACUUUCUGUUCAAGCCAGGUGGAACAUCACCAAUGUAUUGCACAACAUCACCAGGAUACCCUUUGACCUCCAGCACGGUGUACUCACCUCCCCCACGCCCUCUGCCUCGCAACACCUUCUCCCGACCUGCCUUCAGCCUGAAGAAACCGUAUAAGCACUGCAACUGGAAGUGUGCUGCUCUCAGUGCCAUCCUCAUCUCAGUAACACUGCUGUUCCUGUUGGCCUACUUCAUUGCCAUGCAUCUUUUUGGAUUGAACUGGCACCUGCAACCCAUGCAAAGACAGAUGUACCAGCUGUCAGAGGACAAUACAAGUGGCCUACCCUUUCCCACUGACCUGAGCUUGCCGCCUCUAGGCAACACAGGCUUGGAAAUACCUGAUCGGAAAGGAAAGGACGAAAGCAAAUUGGACGGCUUGUUCCCAGAUGACAGCUAUAUAGAUAUGGGUGAGAUUGACGUGGGGCGCAAGGUUGCACAGCAGAUUCCUCCUGGUAUCUUCUGGCGGUCCCAGGUCUUCAUUGAUCAUCCCAUGUACCUGAAGUUUAAUGUAUCCCUGAGCAAAGCUGCCUUAGUGGGAAUCUAUGGAAGGAGAGGGCUACCUCCGUCACACACACAGUUUGACUUUGUGGAGCUGUUGGAUGGGCGGCGCCUCUUAGCCCAGGAUGUCCACGGUCUGGAGGGGCCUGUGGCGAUGCAACGCAGCCUGGUACCCAUCACCACACACGACACGGGCUUCAUCCAGUACAUGGACUCUGGCAUUUGGCACCUGGCCAUCUACAACGACGGAAAAGAAACUGAGACUGUCUCCUUCCUCACCACUGCCAUAGAAUCAAUCGACGACUGCCCCAGUAACUGCUUCGGGAACGGCGACUGCGUCUCUGGAGCAUGUCACUGCUUUUUAGGAUUCAAAGGACCCGACUGCGGGCGAGCUGCGUGUCCAGUGCUGUGCAGCGGGAACGGUCAAUACCUUAAAGGUCGCUGCAUGUGUCACAGCGGCUGGAAGGGCGCCGAAUGUGACGUUCCCACCAACCAGUGCAUUGACGUCACGUGUAGCAACCACGGGACCUGCAUCGUGGGAACCUGUAUCUGCAACCCAGGCUACAAAGGGGAGAACUGUGAAGAAGUGGACUGCCUGGAUCCAACAUGCUCGGGGCGAGGAGUGUGCGUCCAGGGAGAGUGCCACUGCUUUGUGGGUUGGGGAGGGCCAGGAUGUGAGAGCCCCAGGGCCUCCUGCAUGGACCAGUGCUCUGGACACGGAGCUUUCCUGGCAGACACCGGAACCUGCAGCUGUGAUCCCAACUGGACAGGCCACGACUGUGCUACAGAGAUUUGUGCAGCGGACUGUGGUGGCCAUGGCAUUUGUGUGUCGGGCACCUGCCGCUGCGACGACGGCUGGAUGGGCAAUGGGUGUGACCAAAGGGCGUGUCACCCUCGCUGCAACGAACACGGCACAUGCAAGGACGGCAAAUGUGAAUGCAGCCCCGGUUGGAACGGAGAACACUGCACUAUUGCUCACUAUCUGGAUAAGGUAGUGAAAGAGGGCUGCCCUGGUUUGUGCAACGGAAAUGGUAGGUGCACUCUUGGUACCAAUGGCUGGUACUGUGUGUGCCAGCUGGGCUGGAGGGGCAAUGGCUGUGACACCUCCAUGGAAACUGCCUGCAGUGACGUCAAGGACAACGAUGGAGAUGGCCUGGUGGACUGCAUGGAUCCAGACUGCUGUUUGCAGGCAACCUGUCACACCACCUCCCUGUGCGUGGGCUCCCCGGACCCUCUGGACAUCAUCCAGGAGACACAGAUGUCCUCUGCACAGACAAACUUGCAGACCUUCUAUGACCGAGUCCGCUUCCUGGUGGGCAGGGACAGCACCCACAUCGUCCCCGGAGCCAACCCCUUCAACAGCAACCACGCUUGUGUUAUCCGUGGACAAGUUGUGACCUCUGACGGAACGCCACUGGUCGGAGUCAACAUCAGCUUCAUCAACAACCCAUCCUACGGUUACACAAUUACCAGGCAGGACGGAAGCUUUGACUUAGUGACCAACGGGGGCAUAGCCAUCGCCCUGCACUUUGAGCGCGCUCCAUUCAUCACCCAGGAACACACACUGUGGUUGUCAUGGGGACGCUUCUUCGUCAUGGAUACCAUCGUUAUGCGGCACGAGGAGAAUGACAUCCCGAGCUGUGACCUCAGCAGCUUCACCAGGCCCAGCCCCGUGGUUUCCCCGGCCCCGCUCACUGCCUUUGCCGGCUCUUGCUCCGAAAGGGGGACGGUCGUGCCCGAAAUCCAGUCCCUGCAGGAGGAAGUACCCAUACCGGGGACCGAUAUGAAUCUGGGCUAUUUGAGCAGCAGGACCGCGGGUUACAAGUCAAUUCUGAGAGUGACCCUCACCCACCCCACAAUCCCUUUCAACCUGAUGAAAGUUCACCUGAUGGUGGCUGUGGAAGGCAGGCUCUUCAGGAAGUGGUUUCCCGCAUCCCCUAACCUCUCGUACGACUUUGUGUGGGACAAGGCCGACGUCUACAGCCAGAAGGUCUACGGCCUCUCGGAAGCUUUUGUGUCUGUCGGUUUUGAGUAUGAGUCAUGCCCCGAUCUUAUUCUCUGGGAGAAGAGGACUGCUGUUCUGCAAGGGUACGAAACCACAGCCUCCAAACUGGGAGGAUGGACCAUAGACAAGCACCACGCUUUAAACAUCCAGAGUGGUAUUCUUCACAUGGGAAAUGGGGAGAAUGUCUUCAUCUCCCAGCAGCCCCCUGUGAUCGGCAGCGUGAUGGGAAACGGGCGCAGGCGCAGCAUCUCCUGCCCCAGUUGUAACGGCCUCGCUGACGGAAACAAGCUCCUCGCCCCCGUGGCGCUGGCGUGCGGCUCGGAUGGUAGCCUGUAUGUGGGCGACUUCAACUACGUACGGAGGAUUUUCACCACGGGGAAUGUCACCAGUGUCCUGGAGCUCAGAAAUAAAGACUUCAGGCAUAGCAACAGCCCCGCUCACAAGUACUAUCUGGCCACCAGUCCUGUGAACGGCGCCGUGUACCUUUCUGACACCAGCAGCAGAAAGGUGUUCAAGGUGAAAUCUCUGAACGUUGUGAAAGACGUGGCCAAGAACCUGGAGCUGGUGGCCGGCACUGGUGACCAGUGCCUCCCAUACGAUGACGCUCGCUGUGGAGACGGAGGAAAAGCUGUUGAGGCCACGCUCACCAACCCCAGAGGAAUUACUGUGGAUAAGCGCGGUGUAAUCUUCUUUGUGGACGGGACAAUGAUUCGUAGGAUUGAUCAGAACGGCAUCAUCUCCACUCUGCUGGGAUUCAAUGACCUGACCUCUGCCCGGCCUCUCAGCUGCGACGCUGUGAUGGACAUCUCUCAGGUGCGCCUGGAGUGGCCCACAGACCUUGCAGUGAGUCCCAUGGACAACUCCCUGUAUGUCUUGGACAACAACGUGGUACUACAGAUCUCAGAAAACCAUCAAGUCCGCAUUGUAGCGGGCCGCCCCAUGCACUGCCAAGUGCCUGGGAUUGAUCAUUUCCUAAUGAGCAAAGUAGCCAUCCAUGCCACCUUGGAGUCCGCCAAUGCUCUCGCUGUGUCUCACAAUGGCAUUUUGUACAUUGCUGAGUCAGAUGAAAAGAAAAUAAACAGAGUACGACAGGUGUCCACCAAUGGAGAGAUCUCCCUGGUUGCUGGAGCACCAAGCGGCUGUGACUGCAAGAAUGAUGCCAAUUGUGAUUGUUAUUCUGGAGAUGAAGGCUAUGCCAAGGAUGCUAAACUGAACGCACCCUCUUCCCUGGCAGUGUGUCCAGAUGGAGAGCUUUAUAUCGCUGAUCUGGGCAACAUUCGCAUACGCUAUGUGCGUAAGAACAAGCCCUAUCUGAAUCCUCUCAGCAUGUACGAGGUUUCUUCCACUAUCAACGAUGAACUCUACCUGUUUGAUUCCAACGGCAGCCACAUUUUCACACAAAGUCUGACUACAGGGGACUACCUUUACAAUCUGACCUACACAGGAGGAGGAGAUCUGAGCAGCAUUACCGAUAAGAACAAGAACACCGUGAUCAUCCGAAGAGACACGACGGGAAUGCCCCUGUGGCUCAUGGUCCCUGAUGGACAGACAUUCUGGUUCACCAUCGGCACCAACAAUGCCCUGAAAACUGUUGCCGCUCAGGGUCAGGAACUUGCUGUAAUGACCUACCACGGAAGCUCAGGACUUCUAGCAACGAAGACGAAUGAGAAUGGAUGGACAACCUUCUUCGAGUAUGACAGUUAUGGGCGUCUGACUAACAUCACUUACCCAACGGGCCGAGUGAGCAGCUACCGCACAGAUGCUGACAGCUCAGUCCGCAUCCAGACAGAGGGCUCCAACAAAGAGGACAUCACCGUCACCACCAACCUGUCAGCCUCUGGCACCUUCUACACACUCAUGCAGGAUGAAGUGCGGAACAGCUAUUUCAUUGGUCUGGAUGGCUCGCUGCGGCUCGUGUUGGCCAAUGGAAUGGAGGUUUCUCUGCACACCGAGCCCCACCUGCUCGCUGGCACCGUCAACCCCACGGUCAGCAAGAGGAAUGUGACCCUGGCCAUCGACAAUGGCCUUAACUUGGUGGAGUGGAGGCAGAGGAAGGAGCAGGCUCGUGGUCAGGUCACCGUUUACGGACGCAGACUCAGGGUUCAUAACAGGAACUUACUGUCAUUGGACUUUGAUCGCAUCACCAGAACAGAAAAGGUCUAUGACGACCACAGGAAGUUCACGCUGCGGAUCCACUACGACCACGCAGGGCGACCCACUCUGUGGGCACCAAGCAGCCGUCUGAAUGGAGUCAACGUCACAUACUCCCCCGGUGGUCACGUGGCGGGCAUACAGAGAGGAACCAUGUCCGUUCGCAUGGAGUACGACCAGAACGGCAGGAUCACCUCCCAGAUAUUUGCUGAUGGUAAAUCUUGGAGCUACACAUACCUGGAGAAGUCCAUGGUACUACUGCUCUACAGCCAGAGGCAGUACAUCUUUGAAUUUGACAAGAAUGACCGCCUCUCCUCUGUGACGAUGCCCAACGUGGCACGGCAGACCCUGGAAACCUUCCGCUCCAUCGGCUACUACAGGAACACCUACCGGCCCCCUGAGGGAAACGCUUCAGUGCUGCAGGACUACAGCGAGGACGGUGAGCUGCUGCAGACCACCUACCUGGGCACUGGUCGCCGGGUCAUCUACAAAUACGGCAAGCUGUCCAAACUGCUGGAGAUCCUCUACGACACCACACGCAUUGGUUUCUCCUACGACGAGGUGGCAGGGAUGCUUAAGACAGUCAACCUCCAGAGUGAAGGCUUUACGUGCACCAUCCGCUACCGUCAGAUCGGCCCGCUGAUUGACAGGCAGAUUUUCCGAUUCAGUGAGGAGGGCAUGGUGAACGCCAGAUUUGACUACGUCUACGACAACAGCUUCCGAGUCACGAGUAUGCAGGCUGUCAUCAAUGAAACCCCGCUGCCAAUCGACUUGUACCGCUACGACGACGUGUCUGGUAAGACAGAGCAGUUUGGCAAAUUUGGGGUGAUCUAUUACGACAUCAAUCAAAUCAUCACCACAGCAGUGAUGACCCACACCAAGCACUUUGAUGCCUACGGCCGAGUGAAGGAGGUACAAUAUGAGAUCUUUCGCUCGCUCAUGUACUGGAUGAUGGUGCAGUACGACAACAUGGGCCGAGUUGUGACCAAGGAGCUCAAGGUGGGGCCUUACGCCAACACCACAAGGUACACGUAUGAGUAUGACGCAGAUGGUCAACUCCAGGUCGUCUCCAUCAAUGACAAGCCUCUGUGGAGGUACAGUUACGACCUAAAUGGUAACUUGCACCUCCUCAGCCCUGGAAACAGUGCACGCCUGACUCCGCUACGCUAUGAUAUCAGAGACCGCAUUACUCGCUUGGGAGAUGUCCAGUACAGAAUGGACGAGGACGGCUUCCUCAAGCAGCGGGGAAAUGAAUACUUUGAGUACAACUCUGCUGGCCUGCUGAUCAAAGUGUACAAUAAAGUUAUCAGCUGGAGCAUCAAAUACCGCUACGACGGCUUGGGCAGGAGGGUGUCGAGCAGAAGCAGCAUGGGCCACCACCUGCAGUUCUUCUAUGCUGAUUUAUCCAAUCCCACUCGAGUCACACAUAUGUACAACCACUCCAGCUCUGAGAUCACUUCGCUGUACUAUGACCUGCAGGGGCACCUGUUUGCCAUGGAGCUGAGCAGCGGGGAUGAGUUUUAUGUGGCCUGUGACAACAUAGGCACCCCUCUGGCUGUGUUCAGUGGCUCAGGCCUCAUGAUCAAACAGGUUCUCCACACAGCAUUUGGAGAGGUGUACCUUGACACUAACCCCAGCUUCCAGCUGAUAAUUGGCUACCUGGGAGGUCUGUAUGAGCCCCUCAGCAGACUGGUGCACAUGGGGAGACGGGACUACGAUGUCCUUGCUGGCCGCUGGACAACACCAGACCACGAGAUCUGGAAACGGCUCAACAGCAACCACAUUGUGCCGUUUAACUUAUACAUGUUCAAGAACAACAAUCCUCUCACCAACAGUAAGGAGAUAAAGUGCUACAUGACAGAUGUGAACAGCUGGUUAGUGACCUUCGGCUUCCAGUUGUACAACGUCAUCCCCGGCUAUCGAAAACCCAACACGGAGACCAUGGAGCCAUCUUACGAGUUAGUCAAAACACAGAUCAAGACGCAGGAGUGGGAUAGCACCAAGUCUCUGCUGGGCGUCCAGUGUGAAGUUCAACGGCAGCUGAAGGCCUUUGUGAAGCUGGAGCGCUUUGGCCAGAUCUACGGCGCCAAGAGUGCCGGAUGUCCUCAGUCAGAGAGCAAGAAGUUCUUCGCCUCCGGCGGCUCCAUCUUCGGGAAGGGGGUGAAAUUCGCCAUCCGAGAUGGCCGCAUCAGCACUGACAUCAUCAGCUUAGCCAACGAGGACGGGCGCCGCAUGGCCGCGGUCCUGAACGACGCGUUCUACCUUGAGCACCUCCACUUCACGAUCACGGGGAUGGACACGCACUACUUUGUCAAGCUGGGCUCAGUGGAGGGAGACCUGUCCCUCAUUGGCAUGACGGUCGGUCGGCGCACGCUGGAGACCGGCGUCAACGUGACGGUGUCGCAGGUCAACACUGUUCUCAACGGCAGGACUAGGCGCAUUACUGACAUCCAGCUACAACACGGUGCCCUGUGCUUGAAUACGCGUUACGGCGGCAGCGUGGAUGAGGAGAAAGCCCGCAUUCUGGAGCUGGCCCGGCAGCGAGCCGUCACCCAGGCUUGGGCGCGGGAGCGACAGAGACUGAGGGACGGAGAGGAGGGCUCGCGAACCUGGACUGAGGGAGAGAAACAGCAGCUCCUGGGCUCGGGGAAGGUGCAAGGCUACGAUGGAUACUACGUGGUUUCCGUCGACCAAUAUCCGGAGCUGGCAGACAGUGUCAACAACAUUCAUUUCAUGAGACAGAGCGAAAUGGGCCGCAGGUGACAUGAACAUGAGGCUCUGGAACGACAGACUCACACGUAGGACAGAGGACUUAUUGCCAAAGACAGUUGUGUACAUGACCACUUUUUUUUUCCUUUGACUGUCCUCAACUCGGUUUUUAAUAUACUGUAAAAAAAAAAAAAAAAAGAAUGAAAGAAAGAAAAAAAAAGUAAAAGGAAAAAAAAAACAUGGUUGCAAUCAGUUGCACUGUAUUAAUGGAAGAGUGCCCUUCUCCUUUUGAAGAUUCUUUAACAGUCUUUGCCCUUCAAGUGCGGCUGCUAGAGGAUGAAAAUUUGAGAUGUCUGUGACUUAUUUUUGUGACUCCAUUUCCUCAUCCCUGUUGGUGAUUCUGUUCAAAGGAAUCCAAGAGGAGUAUUGGUAAUGCAUUAUGUUCACUGGCUCACUGUGGUGCCAGACUUGCAGAUUGUUAUUCACGAGCUCGCUCAAUUCUGCCUCUCUUUUUCUUUUUUUUUGCGCCUCAGCCAAGGAGAUUCCUUCUCUUUUAAUCACUUCUUUUUUAUACUUGAAACCAUCAUAGCCCCAGUCAUCCAUAAAUAAUGAGAGGGAGAGAGAGAUUUCUGUUGGCGGUAGAGCCCUUCAUCAGAACCCUCGCUGUACUUGUCAAGGCACCUCCAUUUGCGUGAUGUCUUGUAAUUCCUGAAGAGGAGGCUCGAUGCUCAUCUGUGGUCCUGACUCUCAGUGCACCCUGACUGUGCUUUGUCUCUCUGAGCUACAACGUUUCGCAAAAACUGCUUAGUCAUGCUUUAAGUGUAUGGUGAAUCCAACAAAGGGAUAUGAGGUAACUUUUUUUUUUUUUUAAUGUGUGUUUUUUUUCUUUCCAACUGGAAUUAGCUUUUUUUUUAUCAAAGUAAGAGAAAAGAACAACAGAGCAAAUUGUCCUCUUUUUUUUAUUUGACGGUCGUCCAAUGACUCAGUUCAAUGAAAAAUAGCGAGGCGCUAACAAAAUACUGUGGAAAAUAAUGUGUGUAUUAAACAACGACAAGUAUUUUACAGGAAUGGGUUUUGUUUUUUUAGUUUUGUUUUAUAAAUAGUUAUAUGAAUUAACAGUAUAACAAAUGUGAAUUUUAAAACAAAAAAAAAUGUGAACUAUUGUCCCUUUUAUUGUUAAUUGUUGUAAUUGAACAAUACUUAAGGGUGUCUCAACACAUGGAAUAAACUAUGACAGGUGGUUUAGUUAAAUCAGUUACUGUGGUUUUUAUUAGAUCAGAUCUCACAUGCUUAUGAAAGGCAGUGUUUUGUUUUAAUCUUUGGGCUAAAGUCAGUAUUCCACACCCCAACUUUUUUUUUAUGGUGAACAUUGCACACACACACACACACGCACUACUAUGUUUUCAUUUUUAAACACAUUGCAUCAGUGACACCUGCGAUCCACGCUCCUGUCUUAGUUUGAAGACUCCGGGACAAUGUUUUAGACGCUUUGGAAAGGACGAGUAACACUCUGACUCACUCAGUCACAACUUAAUCAUCAGCUGUGUGAACAUAAAUGUGUCACGUUCACCUUUGUCGUGCGUGUCAUUACAGAAGUCCCUGCUCUUACUCAUCGUUUGUAUUUUCUGAAACCAAGCAAAGCGACUGCAGUGUCCGGGACAAACCUGCCUCCUGUUUCCACCAGCACUCGCAUGCCCAGUGUACUUGAAUGGUUUAUGCGACAUAUGUUUUCAGGUGUGUGGUGCGUGCGAGUACGGACGCCACAGAUUACUGCUGAUGCAGAGCUGAAACACUCAUCUGGACGUGGACGGAAACAUAGUCGUGCGGCUGUAGCCACAGACAGCUAAAGAAAGCGGUCUCAUCAGUGAUACACAAUACUACAUUAACAUACUGGCUGCCGACGUAGAUGGGCUCUCGCAUUGUGUUGCGUGGCGAGAUGAAACACACAAAUUGCCUUUGCCCUAAGGGCUGCCUGCAGGUCGGCAUCUGAAGUGCAUUCACUCUCCAGAACGGGGUUCUCUCUGCUCCUUCCCAAUGCUGGUUGAAAUGCAUUAGACCUGCAGGUGCACUAGUGCCCGUUUACAGAAUAAAGGUCUUCUGUCUAUACUAUACACGCCGAGAUGGACACAUUCUGGCUUUCAUACAUUUGUGUGUGUGUGUGUGUCCACACUGCAAAAGACAAUUUCCACCUGCGUGUUCAAAAACACGCUCGAUGUGAAGAAGACUCAAGACUAUUUUGCAAAUUGUGACAUCGAUUUAACUUCUGGUAUUUUUUAACUAUGCUGAGCCGCUGCACACAAUCCACUCUCUUCAUCAUUUGUUGUUGUUUCUUUUCUCUCCAUCAAACGUAUAAACCUGCUUGUGUAUGUGUGUGUAUGUGUGUGUAUGUGUGUGUGUGUAGGAGUGGUGGGAGCAUGAUUGAGUGUCUCUGUACAAACGUUAAAGCAAAUAGUACACAGUUGUUUUUUGUUUUUUUUUAUUAUUAUUUGGUUUAUUCUGUCGUUGGUCGAUUCAGUGACAUUUUUGUUUCCAAGAAAAAAAACGAACAAAAAAAAAACUAUGUAUGCUCAACAUAAUAUGAAUGAAGGAUAUUUGCAUUGUGGAAUAUUGCACUGAGAACUGUUGCUUCAUAAGACUGUAUCUUUUUCUAAAGUUUCGGACUCAUUUUGAGUUUUUGGUUUGUUCUCAACACUGUGUUUUUAGCGCUUCUCUUGGACUCUGUACAUAUGAAGACAUCAAACUAAGCUGUAAAUAAAAUGCAAAUGUAGAUACCUCUUAGAGCUACAGCAGUGAUCCUGUGUAGUCUUAAGGUAGAAAAAAAUAAAGGGAAUAUUUUGUGUUUA